AUGGCCACCUUCGUGGAGCUCAGUACCAAAGCCAAGAUGCCCAUUGUGGGCCUGGGCACCUGGCAGUCUCCCCCAGGCCAAGUCAAGGAAGCUGUGAAGGUGGCCAUUGAUGCUGGAUAUCGCCAUAUUGACUGUGCGUAUGCCUAUUACAAUGAGCACGAAGUAGGAGAAGCCCUCCAAGAGAAGAUCAAAGGGAAGGCUGUGAAGCGGGAAGACCUCUUCAUUGUCAGCAAGCUGUGGCCCACCUGCUUUGAGAGGAAGCUGCUAAAGGAAGCCUUUCAGAAGACCCUCACGGAUCUGAAACUGGACUAUCUGGACCUCUAUCUUAUUCACUGGCCACAGGGACUUCAGCCUGGAAAGGAGUUAUUCCCCAAAGACGACCAAGGCAAUGUCCUCACCAGUAAGAUAACAUUCUUGGAUGCCUGGGAGGUCAUGGAGGAACUGGUGGAUGAAGGGCUAGUGAAAGCCCUGGGCGUCUCCAACUUCAACCACGUGCAGAUUGAAAGGCUCCUGAACAAGCCUGGGCUGAAACACAAGCCAGUGACCAACCAGGUCGAGUGCCACCCAUACCUCACCCAGGAGAAAUUGAUCCAGUACUGCCACUCCAAGGGCAUCACUGUCACGGCCUACAGUCCCCUGGGCUCUCCACAUAGGCCUUGGGCCAAGCCAGAAGACCCUUCACUACUAGAGGACCCCAAGAUUAAAGAGAUUGCUGCAAAGCACAAGAAAACCUCAGCCCAGGUUCUGAUUCGGUUCCACAUCCAGAGGAAUGUGGUGGUGAUCCCCAAGUCCGUGACACCAGCACGGAUACUUGAGAACUUUCAGGUCUUUGACUUCCAGCUGAGUGACCAGGAGAUGGCCACUAUCCUCAGCUUCAACAGAAACUGGAGGGCCUGCCUGCUGCCUGAGACAGUAAACAUGGAAGAAUAUCCCUACAAUGAGGAAUAUUGAGGCUAAACCAUCUGAUGAGGCUUUGCUGACGUACACCUCACUCAUUCCUGGACUCCCAUCUGAGGCAAGCCUGCCUGACAUUGUGCUCUUGGUGAUGCUGUUCUUAAAUCCUCAUGCUGAACCCAGGAGUAGACUGCAAGGAAAUGUGACUCUGAGA